CGAUCAAGAAGCAGAAGGUUGCCGGGGGCGCCGUUGAGAAGGCGGCCCCCCUCAUAGUACUCGAUGAUCAGCCCUCCGCUGACCCCCCGGCAAUUGAUACUCCGAUGGCUCAAACAGACCUUCCCCCGGGGAACCUGCCUCGGGAGAUUAUUCGGCUCUCCCUCGCUCCGGGGGCAUCUGUAUUGCACGGUUCAGCCGAGCCGAUGUCUUUCCUGAGGGGGAUUACCUCGAUGAUGGACAAAGAAGCCCUCUCCACCUAUAACGAUGACGCCCUCGAAGCCAGGGCCCUUCGAUCAGCUCUGACUGCUUGUAUAACCUUCGGUGAGCAGGCCCGAAGGCGAGAGGAGUGGUGCCGUCAUAAGGCCGAGCUAGAGAAGUCCGUGAAGGAGCUGAUUCACGACAAGGACGCUGCCCUUCGGGAGGUGUGCAAGUUGGAGGACGCCCUUCGGCAAGCGGAGCUG